AUGAAACUCAAAUAAAUCACAUCAAUGUUACUUCAAACAAAGGAGAUUGUAUCAUGCUUUAAGAGAUAUAAAAGAAUUUAGAUUUUUAGAAGGAAAAGACAAUUACAAAAUGAUUUUUUAUUAAUUUUGCGAUAGUCUCUCUAUUCCUUUUAAAAAUUCUAUUACAGCAACUUCGAACAAUUAAAUCUAAUCAUAAUCUUUAAAUUAUUAAGAUCAUAAACUUAAUCAAGAAGAAAGUCUUGUAUCAUAAAAAACACUUAAAGUUAAAAAGAUUACUUAAAUUAGAAAUUUUUAUGA